UGAAAGUGCGCCAAGAGGAUGAGGACCCAACCAAGCCUGGCAGUGUCCCGUCAAAGCAGAGAGGAGCCCCUGCCCCAGGUGCGGGCACAGCCGGUGGGCACCCCCAUGGCCCAGGGGACCCAGCCUCUCUACACCCACGGGAUGCGUCUGUUCUGGGGCCCCUGGAGGCCCUUCCUCGCCCUGCUUCUGCUGGUUUCCAUCAAGCAAGUUACAGGGUCCCUUCUUGAGGAGACUACUCGGAAGUGGGCUCAGUAUAAGAAGACAUGUCUGCAAGACUUGCACAAUGAACCUUCCGGAAUAUUUUGUAAUGGAACAUUCGAUCGGUAUGUGUGCUGGCCUCAUUCUUCUCCUGGAAAUGUCUCUGUUCCCUGUCCUUCGUACUUGCCUUGGUGGAAUGAAGAGAGCCCAGGAAGGGCCUACAGACACUGCUCAGCUCAAGGGACUUGGCAGAAGCAAGAGAACGCCACAGAUAUUUGGCAGGAUGACUCAGAAUGCUCAGAGAACCACAGCCUCAAACAAAACGUGGAUCACCUUGCCUUGCUGUCUACCUUGCAGCUGAUGUACACCGUGGGCUACUCCCUCUCUCUCAUCUCCCUCUUCCUGGCUCUUACACUCUUCUUGUUCCUUCGGAAGCUGCACUGCACACGCAACUACAUCCACAUGAACCUGUUCGCCUCGUUCAUCCUGAGAGCGCUGGCCGUGCUGGUGAAGGACGCCGUCUCCCACAGCUCUUACUCCAGGAGGCCUGACAGCGAGAGCGGGUGGCUGUCCUAUCUGUCCGAGAUGUCCACCUCCUGCCGCUCCGUCCAGGUCCUCCUGCACUACUUUGUGGGCGCCAACCACUUGUGGCUGCUGGUUGAAGGACUUUACCUCCAUGCUCUGCUGGCGCCCACAGUGCUUCCUGAAAGGCGGCUGUGGCCCAGAUACCUGGUGGUGGGUUGGGCCUUCCCCAUGCUGUUUGUUGUUCCCUGGAGUUUUGCCCGCGCAUACCUGGAGAACAUAGGGUGCUGGGCAACAAACGGGAAUAAGAAAAUCUGGUGGAUCAUCAGAGGACCCAUGCUGCUUUGUGUGACAGUUAAUUUCUUCAUCUUCCUCAAAAUUCUCAAGCUUCUCAUCUCUAAGCUCAAAGCCCAUCAGAUGUGCUUCAGAGACUAUAAAUACAGAUUGGCAAAGUCAACACUGCUCCUCAUUCCUUUGCUGGGGGUUCACGAGAUCCUCUUUUCUUUCAUCACCGAUGACCAAGUUCAAGGAUUUUCAAAGCUUAUUCGACUCUUCAUCCAGCUGACAUUGAGCUCCUUCCAUGGAUUUCUGGUGGCCUUGCAGUACGGCUUUGCCAAUGGAGAGGUGAAGGCGGAACUGCGCAAGUCCUGGGGCCGCUUCUUAUUAGCUCGCCACUGGGGCUGCAGAGCGAGUGUCCUGGGGAAGAACUUCCGGUUCCUGGGGAAAUGUUCCAAGAAGCUGUCGGAGGGAGACGGUGCCGGUGCCGAGACACUGCAGAAGCUGCGGUCCUCACCGUGCAGCUCUCAAUCGGCUUCUGGGACCCUGGGAGAUCGGGGGGCACAGCCUCACCGGGGCCAUGGAACUUGGCCCCGGGGAAUCAGCCUGUCUGAGAGCAGCGAUGGGGACUUCACCCUGGCCAAUACCGUGGAGGAGAUCCUGGAAGAGAGUGAGAUCUAAAGCCGCGUCCAUCGCCCCAGCUCUGCAACUGGGUACUCUAGGAGGGAUG